GCCAUUUUAGAAAUAAAUACCUUCCCUUAAUUGAUGAAAAUGAAAAUACAGAAAAAAGAUAAGCAGUUGUCCAAGUUAAGAGCUUUGAAUCACUCCCCAAUGUCGGAUGCCUCUGUUAACUUUGACUACAAAUCUCCAUCACCAUUUGAUCGCAGUCCUGAUCAGGAAGAGAAUGUCGAAGAAGUCGCCAAUCAUUCUCUGACUCCCAAGGACCUCUAUUCUACUGAAGAAGAAUCUGACACCCUUUUUCCUAGGAAAUUGACAUCCCAUCAUGGGAUGGAGAAUAGUGGAGGCCGAGGUACUGGACUAAAGAAGAAACGGAAGAAAAAGGAGCCAGGGGAGCAAGAGGGAACAAAGAGAAGCAAGGACAGAGAGCCUAAGACGAAGAGGAAACGAGAACCUGAAGAGCCUAAAGAACCCAGAAGGGCCAAGGAGCCGAAGAGAGCCAAUGAGCCCAAGGAGACAAAGCAGAAAGAUGGUGUCAAGAAGCCCCGGAAGCCCCGGGAGGCCUCCGGUACCAAGGAAGGUAAAGAGAAGAGGAGCUGCACUGAUGAUGGAUCCAGGACAAAGUCCAAGAAGGCCAGCAAGGAGCAAGGACCAACUCCAAUGGAGAGAAAGAAGAAAGGAAAAAGGAAAAAGGAAACCAGCAUGGAGAGUUUAGAGCGUGACCAGAGUCCUCCAAACACAUCUCUGCAGAGUCCUGAGGAGCCAAGUGAGCCUGCAGACAGCCAGAAACAGUGCUCAGGACAGCAAGUAAAGCGCAGAAAAUACAAUGAGGACCUGGACUUCAAAGUGGUGGAUGAUGAUGGGGAAGUAAUUGCUGUUCUGGGGGCUGGCCGGACAUCUGCAAUCUCAGCUUUCACUCUGGCCUGGCAGGCUGAGGAGCCUCCGGAAGAUGAUGCAAACAUAAUUGAGAACAUCCUAGCAUCCAAGACUGUCCAGGUGGUUAACCCAGGAGAAUCUCCAUUUGUCCUAGAGCUUUUUUACAUUAAUUCACAAUUCCUGUUAAUGCUGCUGCUGCUGCAGCUGCUGCUGCUGCUGUCACAGCUCACUGUGGCCUUCUCCUUCCUCAUGAGUUCACAUUGCAUGAAUGCAAGGGAUUGUUCUCGUUUUAAUUUGUUAGAGUCCUUGCUGGUCUCCUUGUCUAGAACUGUUAUUAUGGGCUGCAUUUGCACCAAGACUGGCAAGAAGGCAGCCUGGGUCAUCACCGAGAAGAACUACACUGGCCUGGGUAAUGACUUCCACAACAACAAGGACUUGUGCAAGGAGAUCGCUGUUAUCCCCAGCAAGAAACCCCACAAGAUAGCUGCCGAUGUGAUGCAUCUGAUGAAGCCGACUCGGAGCUUGUGUGAGAGAAACCAGACCACAGCCUCUGUAGCCUUCCCUCUGCAGACUGAUGGUAGCACGCCACUGCAGGCCUUGCAGAGUCCUUCCCAACUUCGGCUACAACGACAGCCCUGCUUCCAAUAUUGA